UUGCAAGGUUUGCACACACACACAGACACAGACACACGCCCUCUGCUCAACCAGACACCGACACCACCACAGCCAGAGACCGAUCUCUUUAAAAGCCACUCAGGUUGCCGCAGUCCGUAGAGUAAUGAUCAUCCUCCUUUACGCCAUGGCUGUUUCCUAUUUCGGAGGCGUCGAGACCGCUCCUGUGAACCUCAGCGUGGCGAUGCCAGGGCCCCAGGCCGAGCAGCGGGCAGCGGGCACCAACGACUCCCUGGGGAGCGACUUCCAGCACGUCAGCCCGGAGUCGUGGGAGAAGGAGUGGGAUCUGUACUCUCCGCGGGUCAUGUUAGCCUCCGAGCCGCCCGGGAUUCCUCCGCUGCUCUUCAUCAUGGAAGCUUCGCUGAGCCAGGCCGAGGUGGCCAACAGGACAGAGCGGGCCAGGCGGCAGGCGGGGGGGGAGCAGGUCAAACCCACCCGCAGGGGCGAGCUCUCGGUCUGCGACAGCAUCAACUUCUGGGUGACGGACAAGCGGACGGCUGUGGACAUCAACGGGUGGGUGGUGUCGGUGCUGAACGAGGUGCCCACCUCCAAGGGACCCAUGAAACAGUUCUUCUACGAGACAAAGUGCAACAACAACACCAGCACAGCCAGAAGCGGCUGCCGAGGGGUAGACAAGAGGCACUGGGUCUCCGAGUGCAAAACCAAACAGUCCUUUGUCCGGGCGCUGACUGUGGACCACAGGAAACAAGCGGGGUGGCGGUGGAUAAGGAUAGACACCGCGUGUGUCUGUGCCCUGAACAACAGAACUACAAGGACGUGACCCACAUCCCUCCUCCCUCCCUCCCUCCCCCAUC